AUGGUCCCCAAUGAAGACCUUCAGUAUCAGGGAAUUAUCCAGUUACUUCUGCAUUUCAGAUGGAAAUGGGUUGGGCUCAUGACUCCACCUAAUGAAGCUGGAGAACGUUUCUUGCAGAAUAUUGAGCCAAUGCUUUUCAAGAAUGGAAUCUGUUCAGCAUUCACAGAAAGAGUGGAACACAAUAUACUUUAUAAUACUAACUUACUAGAAAUGGUGGACAUAAAGAUUUUAUUACCAGCAUUCACAACCAGCAAAGCUAUUGCAAUUCUUCUAUAUGGAGAAAGUAGAUUUAUUCUAUGGUUGGCAAAUGCUUUUAUCGCGAUGGAGUUUACUCAGCUACUAUUUCCUCAAAAAAAGUCACACGAAGGAAAAGUAUGGAUUACAACUACCCAAAUUGAUUUCAUAUUCUAUAGCUUUCAAAAAAAAUUUAAUGUUAAUAUACGAAUUCUCCAUGGUGCAAUAUCCUUUGCAAUUCACUCCAAGGAGAUUCACAACUUUAAAGACUUUCUUCGGCGCAUAUAUCCUCAUUGGACGGACACAGAUGGUUUUAUACAAGGUUUCUGGGAAGAUGCAUUCAGUUGUUCACUUUCAAAUUCCACUCUCUCAGCAACCAUGUGUACUGGAGAGGAGAUGCUGGAGAGCCUCCCUGCACCAUUUUUUGAAAUCAGCAUGACUGGCCACAGCUACAGUGUUUAUAAUGCUGUCUAUGCUUUGGCACAUGCCUUAAAUAGCAUGCACUUUGCUGGAGCCAUGCGCAACAGAAGAGGUGCUAAGGGAAAACUCUCUCCUCAAUAUGUAGAUCCUUGGCAGCUCCACUCAUUCCUGCAGAAAAUCUCAUUCAACAACAGUGCUGGGGAUGAAAUUACAUUAAAUGAAUAUGGAGAGUUAGCAGCUGGCUUCGAUAUUACCAACUUGGUUACUUUCCCAAAUAAUUCCUAUGUCAGAGUCAAAGUGGGCAGCUUGGAUCCUCAGGCCCCUCCGGGCAAAGAGCUCACCAUUAAUGAAGACAGAAUCAAAUGGAACAGACACUUCACUAAGGUGCCACCGCUUUCUGUAUGUAAUGCCAAGUGCCAUCCUGGUUACGGGAAGAAAAAGAAGGAGGGGGAGAAGUUUUGCUGCUAUGAUUGUGAUCCAUGUCCAGAAGGAAUGAUUUCAAAUGAGAAAGACAUGGAAACAUGUGUCAGUUGCCCAGCAGAUCAGUAUCCAAACAGCGGCCAGGAUCUAUGCAUCCCCAAGACUCCAAAUUUCCUAGCCUUUGAUGAAACCUUGGCUGUUGUUUCAACUUCCUCUGCACUUUUAUUCUCUCUCAUCACAAUUCUGGUGCUCAGCAUCUUCAUUAAGCAUCGCAAUACAGCCAUAGUCAAAGCCAACAACCGAAGCCUCACCUAUGGUCUCCUUAUCUCCCUCCUCUUGUGUUUCCUCUCUUCUUUGUUGUUUCUUGGAAAACCUAAUAUGGUGACUUGCCUUCUCCGACAAACUGCUUUUGGCAUUGUCUUCUCUGUGGCCCUCUCCAGCAUCUUAGCCAAAACCAUAUUGGUGGUUUUGGCAUUCAUGGCUACCAAACCAGGAUCCAAUAUGAGGAAAUGGGUAGGCAAAGAACUGGCUUAUUCCAUUGUCUUUUCCUGCUCCAUUGUUCAAGUAGGGAUCUGUGUCCUCUGGCUGGCAACCUCUCCCCCAUUCCCAGAUGUGGACAUGCACUCAAUGCCUGAAGAAAUCAUAUUUCUUUGUAAUGAAGGGUCAGUCUCCAUGUUCUAUUGUGUUUUGGGCUACAUGGGCUUCCUGGCCACUUUCAGCUUCACGGUGGCCUUCCUAGCGAGGAAGUUGCCUGACACUUUCAACGAAGCCAAGUUCAUCACCUUCAGCAUGCUGGUCUUUUGCAGUGUUUGGCUCUCCUUCAUUCCAACCUACCUGAGCACCAGAGGAAAAUAUAUGGUGGCUGUGGAGAUCUUCUCCAUCUUUGCUUCUGGUGCUGGGUUACUGGCUUGCAUUUUUUGCCCUAAAUGCUACAUUAUUGUGGUGAGGCCUGACCUGAACAACAGAGAACAGCUAACACAAAGAAAGGUAUAA